AUGUGUUUGUUAUUUAAGAGAAGGGAAGAAUCUGCUAAGUGGAAUCAAAAUUAUUUGGUCCCUGCUGUUGUUAAGUUGAUAAAUAAGAUACUUGACUUGGUUGGGAAGUUUGAUACAGAAGGAAGUGUGGUUGGACAGCUAAGGGGAUUACCUUGUCAACAUGCUGUAUGUGCAUUUAAACUGCUCAGGCCAAACUGGAAAGAGACCAUAUAUACAGAUGUUGUAAAUCCACUAGAAGACAUAAGUGAAUGGAACUGGGAAGAUAAGGCAUCCAUGGACAUCAACUUAAAGCCUCCUCCUUAUCAAAGAAAAACUGGAAGACCAGCAAAGAAGAGGAAGAGGAGCUAUGAUGAACCUGAAACUGUGGUGAAGAAAAGGAAAUGUGGAAAGUGUGGAUCUACUGCUGGUCAUAAUAAGAGAACCUGUGCUGGUGGUGAUGUUGGUAAAAACCCAACUGGAUUCAUGCCAAGCACCGAGUAUGAUGCUGCAAACUGCACCUUCACUAGUAGAGAUCAUCCUGAAAGUAACACUGCAAGGGGUAAAGCAAAGGUGAACAAAUCCAGAGGUACAUCUUCAUUUGUUGGUGAGUCAACAGGACCUAAAAACUUUGGAAGAGCACCAGCAGAACCUAGCACCCAUGGAUCUACACAAGAUGUUCUGAAUUUCAGUCAGAACUUUACUGGUAUUGGAUCUGUUAGUCAACAUAUUCCUGUCACAAAGGGAAAGCAAAGCAAGGCUAAGAAGAAGUAG